GUUAAAUAAACCAGUAUUUCCUUCAAAGCUGAUUGCUCAGACAGACACUCCAGCACUAGGGCUUUCAGUGAGGUGGACACUUUCAGUCCAGUGAUCACCAUGGAUUCCAGACAGCCAAUUAUUCCACCACGCAAAUCAACUCUGAUUCAUCAAGGUCCUCCAAAACGAAUCCGUCUACAUACAGAAAGAAAAGUCCUUAAUGAAAACGGGAAAGUCAGAAAAUGGACUUGUGGGAAAAAGGACACCAGUAAACAAAACAAAAUUGUUCUGUUGGUUGGAGAGACUGGAGCUGGCAAGACGACACUCAUCAAUGCCAUGGUCAACUACUUACUGAAGGUGAAGUUUGAGGAAGAAAUAUGGUAUGAAAUCACAGAAGAAGAAGAAGCUGGAGACCAAUCAGAAUCACAAACCUCUGAAAUAACCAUGUAUGAGGUCUAUUCUGUAGAGAGUCCCAUAUCUCUCACCAUCAUUGAUACUCCAGGCUACGGAGACACUAGAGGACUGGAAAAAGAUCUGGAAGUUGCAGCGAAUUUAGCCACUCUGUUUCAGAGCAGUGCUGGAGUUCGUGAAGUUGAUGCCGUGUGUUUUGUGAUUCAAGCAUCUAAGAAUCGUCUCUCAGACAGACAGCAUUACAUUAUCAGUUCAAUUCUGUCUUUGUUUGGAAAAGAUAUUAUGAACAACAUUGUGUUUUUAAUCACACACUCUGAUGGUAUGGCACCCAAAAAUGUCCUCAGUGCCAUCAAUAAAGUUAAAAUCCCCUGCAAAAGAGACAAAAGUGGCCAACCUGUUUAUUUCUUAUUCAACAAUCGGCAGGCUGAUGCCCGUCACACUCAAGAGCGUCACAUUCAUGCUCAAAGCGACGCCUGGGAAGCCAGCGUGGACAGCAUGAGGCAUUUCCUUCUGUCUAUGAAUGAAAUGAACAGAAGAAGUUUAGAAAUGACUUCGGAUGUCCUCAUUGAGCGCAUUCAAUUAGAAGCGGCCAUCUGCAACUUAAAGUUGCGAAUUCAGGAGAAGGAGCUGAAAAAAGCAGAAAAACUUCAGAUUCAGGAGGCAAUAAAACAAAACAAGGAAAAAAUUGAAAAUUGUAAAAACUUUACCAUUAAAGUCAAAAACACUAUCAAAGAGAAGGUGCCCAUUGAAAGUGCUUCAUGGAAGAACAGGAAGGCGACGACCUGCACCGUCUGUAAGGAAAACUGUCAUGAGUUUGACUGCUGGUGGGUUUCUGAUCCCAGUAAAUGUGAAGUCAUGAAGAAAGGCUACUGCACUGUGUGCACUGGGAAGUGUCAUCACAGCAAACAUGUCAAAGAAAACAAGAAAUACAUAAUCAAAUCCUCAUUUAUGACGAUGGAAUUUGAUGACUUUAAUAAGGAAUAUGAAAAAGCUCAAGAAAAAUGCAAGAGGUUUUCAAUUAUAAUGGAUUCUCUUCACAAAGAUCUGCAGGAGCUUGAGGAUCAAAAGUCAGUUCUUCUGUUCAAUGCUUACAAGACCAUCAAGAAUCUGUCUCAGAUCGCAUUAAAACCAGACUCUGCCUUCACUCUUCAGCAUCUCGACUUCUUCAUCCCCAGAGUGAAGGAGGCUGGGAAAGAAAACUGGGUCCGAGAGCUUGAAGAAAUGAGAAGAACCGCUGAAGCUGAGGAAGCAAAUAAAGAUGCUCUGAGUUACCUUAAAGCUGGUCUGACAAAAAUUUUCCUUGGUGGGCAAAGUUGAAAGUACUUAAAAAAAUCAAUAAUACUUCAUGACUUAGUAUUUUGGGUACUGGAUGAUAACGUAAUUUUGCAUACACAAACAGUAAUUUGUUCACUAUUUUGUUUUUGUUUUUUAAUCCUGAAAAUCCUUUCCUGUACUUUUCUUUUUGCUUAUGGUUAUUUUGUUCAGAUUAUCAGAUUGUCUGUAUAUAAAAAUUGUUAAAAUUAAAAUAAAUUUCAGUCAUCUCAAACUUAAUAUUUUCUUCAUUUGAUUACAAUUUCAGUCAAGACUUUCAGAGUCAAGCCAGCUGACCUCUUUAACUUUUACUUAACUUGAGUAUAUAUAGCUUGGUAAAAAAUCACGGUGCUCCGAUCAGAAGUUUUGGGGUCGACCAUCGAUCACUGGAAGAUGUAUUGGCUGACAUAGAUCACAAUCACCAAUCAUGGUGUCAAACAUUUUCUCAGCUAACAUUAUUUAUA